AUGUCACCAACUCCACGUGUGAUAUACUGGUUUCGUACCGACUUGCGCUUACACGAUUCCCCUGCUCUAGCGGCAGCAUUGGACCUCAAGCCAGAAUGUCUUUAUCCCAUCUGGACCUGGGAUCCGCACUACGUAUACCGCGCCCGCGUCGGCGUCAAUCGCUGGCAAUUCCUCAUCGACUGUCAAAACGACGUAUCCUCCAGCAUCACAAAGCUGAACGCGAAGUCAAGACUCUUCGUUUUGCGCGAAGCUCCUCAGACUCUGUUUCCAAAGCUGUUCAAGGAAUGGCGGAUUACGCAUUUGGUGUUUGAAAAGGAUACGGAUGCUUAUGCGAGGGAGAGGGACGAAAAGAUUUGCGAGAUUGCAAAUGAGAUGGGGAUCAGAGUUAUUCAGAAGAGUGGAAGGACGCUUUACGAUAGUGAUUUGUUGGUCAAGACGAAUCAUGGAAAGCCGACGAUGACGAUCAAUCAGGUUCAGACUGCAGCAGCGAAGAUAGGCAAGGUUGAGGAGCCUUUACCUGCUCCGACAAGCUUGCCUGAUCCUGGAGAUUUGUCGUUGGACUUUGAGCAGGAGAAACCAAACUCUGAGCCUGACUUCAACCGGACACAUCGAACAGAUGACGAGGGCUCCUACGAAGUCGGCAUAGCAGGACCAAAUGGCGAUUUCUCUGUGCCAACAUUGGAAGAGCUUGGUAUGAAGGCAGCUACUACACCACACCGGGGUGGCGAGUCGGUAGCCUUGAAGAUUCUGGAGAACUUCAUUGCUGAUGAGGAAUUCACGGCGACUUUCAGUAAGCCUGCGACUGCACCUACUGGGUUUGAGCCACAAUCGACCUGCCUGACCUCGCCUCAUCUGCACUUUGGUUCCUUGUCAUGUCGACUGUUCUGGUACAAGGUGCAAGAAGUGCUCGAUAACUUCAAGGGGAAGGCCUCUGGACCGCCUACCUCAUUACAUGGACAACUGUUGUUCAGAGACAUGUAUUUCGGUGCUCAAGCAGCAAUUGGUUAUCCUUUCGCGCAGACGGCGAAGAACGACCACUGCCGGUUCAUUCCCUGGCAUCUGCCCUCCAAAGUUGACGAAAAGACAGGUCUGAUCACCGGAGAGUACGAAAUAGACGACCCGGAGAAGGAGGAGUGGUUCCGACGUUGGCGUACAGGCAAGACCGGCUUCCCUUGGAUCGAUGCUCUGAUGCGACAGUUGGCUCUUGAAGGCUGGAUACACCAUCUUGGUCGCCAUGCUGUAGCCUGUUUCCUGACGCGCGGUGGUUGCUAUAUCCAUUGGGAGCGUGGCGCAGAAGUAUUCGAGGAAUUGCUCAUUGACCAUGAGACGGCGUGCAAUGCCGGCAAUUGGCAAUGGCUGUCUUGCGUCGCGUUCUACUCGCAAUACUAUCGUUGUUAUUCUCCGAUUGCCUUUCCCCAGAAGUGGGAUAAGGAAGGCGCAUUCGUCAGGAAAUACGUGCCUGAGCUCAAGGAUAUCCCCACCAAAUACAUCUACGAACCUUGGAAGGCGCCAAUCCAAGACCAGAAGAAGGCAGGUGUUCUGAUCAAGGGCGACGGAGAUCAAGAAAAAGAGGGCAAGCUGAACUUGUAUCCCAAGCCCAUCUUCGACUUCGCCAAGCAAAGAGAAAUUUGUAUAAGUGGUUUGAAAGGUGCAUACAGUGUUGGACUGUAUGGAGACUCGCCAAAAGUGCUGGAUGGGACGUGGAAGCAAAUGUUUGAUGACGACGCCGAAGGACCUACCAAAGGAAAGGAAGGUGGCCCAGCUGGAUCUCUAGGCGACAAGGACGCUCACGGUGCCGAAGAGCCGGAUCCUAUUCCCAAACAGACGCCUUCCAAAAAGAGAACGAGGAGCAGUGGUCAGGGCACGCUUGACUCCGCUUUCAAGAAGGCGAAGAAAUAG